UUCUGACAUACGGUAAAUUUGGAGAGUGUUCUAAUAAUUAAAAACGUGAAGACGGCGACGGCGAUGGCGAUAGAUUUCUAGGGUUUUGAUGAUUGAUCGAGAUUGGGAUCCGGGAUCUCAGAGGAAGAUUGGGGAUCGAGGAGAUCUACGGCUUAGGGGAAGGGAAAGCAAAUCGAAUUCGUCUAUUGGAGAUUCGGAUUUCGAUUCGUUAGCGAUAACAUUGAGGGGUAAUCCACGGGCUUUCCAUAGGUUGGGAAGAAGGAUCGCGGUUGUUAGGAAAUGGUUAUUAUUGGGAUCUUUCAUAUGGAUGCAGUAUCCAGAAGAUCAAUCAUUCGGAUUACAAGGAAAGGGGAUGCGAGGAAUGAAUGUGGGAUUCGAUAAUUCUAUGCUGUCACGAAGUCAAUGUGUCUUUCACAGGUUGGCAAGGUCUUGCAGGUGGGUAAGGGCUCGUGGGGUGGAGCGUAACCAAGAAGGGUGGGAUGUUCGAUCUCACGGUAAUGGAUGGUUUCUGCAAAUUCAAAUCCCAAAUGAAUGUUGGGUUACAGGGUUUGAGGUUUUAUUUGGUGCAUGGAGGCUUGCAUUAGGGAUUGCAAUAUUGGCACUUUGGUUCUUCCCUAGCAGGAACAAAGAUAUACGGUGUCUGGAUAGUAGGUUGAGCAAGUAUUGGGUCAAGCUAACAGUAAAUAAUUAUGUCUUUUUGGUUUGUAUGUAUAUUGGUCUUUGGGAUUAUGAUAUUGCUGGAGGCACAUUUGGUCGGUCUUGUUACUAUAUGGUUUGGAUUUGUGAGUGGGGCUACUUAUAUAUGGAUCGAGAAUUCUUGUAUUUUAUGGACACGCUAUGUGUAUUGGUUCUACGGCAACUGGUAAUUAGGAGUUUUUUGUUGUUAUUUCAGAUAGUAGUUUAUAUGGUAUUUGGAAAAAUAAUGAAUUACAAGAGGCGAUUGGAGUUUGUGGACCCAGUGGGACGAAGUGGUGGAUUGGCGCUUUAUUACAAUAAUGAGUUCCAGGUUAAUAUUCUAUAUUCAAGUAAUCGAAUGAUAGAUGUGGAAGCAGUGGCGUUGGGGAAAACGGGAACUGCAGCGGAGGAUCGUUCCAAACAGAAGCUGAUCUCACAUAACGAUUCAUCAGGUUUUGUUGCAGAGUUUUAG